AUGGCGCUCAAUGCAUCCUCCCACAACACGACCGGCGAGAAGACGACGCCCAAUACCGCGCCUCCACCCGAAGUCAGCGGCGAUGUCAAGAAGGACAUUCUCAGUGCCGCAGAGACUGAUGCUGUUGGCCAACAUGCGCCCGGCCGCGAGAACGAGAAGGGUGUAGAGAAGAAAGAGAAGUCGGCCAAAGAACUCGAGAAGGAGAGGAAGAAGGCCGAGAAGGAUGCAAAGUUCAAGGCAAAAAAGGCUGCAGCUGCCGGCGCCAGCAAGGACGCUGGUUCUGCUCCUGCCAAAGAGAAGAAGAAGAAAGGCAAGGAGGAAGAGCAAUUGCCCGAAUACGUCGAGGAGACACCCAAGGGGGAGAAGAAGCGUCUGCAGAGCUUGGAUGGUCCAUACACAAAGGCCUACAUUCCCAAGGUCGUAGAGUCGGCAUGGGAUGCUUGGUGGGAUGCACAGGGUUUCUUCAAGCCCGAAUUCACUGAGAAGGGUGAUGUCAAGAGCCCUGGGCACUUUGUCAUUCCUAUCCCUCCACCCAACGUCACAGGCAAGCUUCACUGCGGCCACGCACUUGCUACGAGUCUUCAGGAUGUCCUUAUACGAUGGCACAGGAUGAAGGGCUACACUACAUUGUACCUGCCAGGAUGCGACCACGCCGGUAUUGCGACACAGAGUGUGGUAGAGAAGAUGCUCAAGCGUAGGGAGAACAAGACACGAUACGAUCUCGGUCGUCAAAAGUUCCUCGAGAGGACCAUGGAGUGGAAGGAAGAAUACCAUCAGCAUCUCACCCACACUUUACGGAGAAUGGGUGGUUCGUUUGAUUGGACACGCGAGGCUUUCACAAUGGACGAGAACCUAUCGAAGGCUGUCACAGAAACUUUUGUCCGAUUACACGAAGACGGUCUCAUCUACCGAUCAAAUCGACUGGUUAACUGGUGCACGGCGCUCAACACCGCACUUAGCACACUGGAAGUCGACAACAAAGACCUGGCGGGCCCUACCAAGCUAUCCGUGCCUGGGUACGAGAGAAUGGUCGAGUUUGGUGUUCUUACUCAUUUCAAGUACGCCAUUGAGGGUACAGACCAAUUCAUCGAGAUGGCUACCACUCGUCCGGAAACUAUGCUGGGUGACUCUGGUAUCGCUGUCCAUCCCAAGGAUGAGCGUUACAAGCACUUGGUCGGCAAGAAGGCCAAGCACCCCUUCAUCGAUCGCCUCAUGCCCAUCGUUGCAGACGACUACGUGGAUCCCGAGUUCGGUACUGGAGCUGUCAAGUUGACACCCGCACACGACCCCAACGAUUUCAACCUUGGCAAGAAGCACGGGCUUGAGUUCAUCAAUAUUCUGAACGACAAUGGUACCAUGAACAAGAAUGCUGGCAAGUUUGAGGGCCAGAAGCGCUUCGAUGUCCGUUACACCGUUGUUGAUGCGCUGAAGAAGGAGGGUCUCUUCGUGAAGACGGAACCCAACCCGAUGAAGGUCCCAAUCUGCUCAAGGUCUGGCGACGUCAUCGAGCCAAUCAUGAAGCCGCAAUGGUGGAUGAAGAUGGACAGCUUGGCCAAGCCUGCCAUUGAAGCUGUAGAGAAGGGCGACAUCAAGAUCCGACCCGCUACCUCUGAGAAGGUCUACAUGCACUGGAUGAACAACAUCCAGGACUGGUGUUUAUCUCGACAGCUGUGGUGGGGUCACCAGGUACCAGCCUACUUUAUUGAGCUGGAAGGUAAAGAUAACGCCAGAAGUGAAGAUCAGUUCUGGGUCACUGGCCGCACAGAAGAAGAGGCGAGAGCAAAGGCCGAGAAGAAGUUCCCCGGGGCGACAUUCACGCUAUCGCGGGAUGAAGAUGUGCUCGACACAUGGUUCUCUUCAGGUCUCUGGCCAUUCUCGACUUUGGGAUGGCCAAACCAGACUGCCGAUUUCGAAAAGCUCUUCCCUACCUCUGUGUUGGAGACUGGAUGGGAUAUUCUCUUCUUCUGGGUUGCUAGGAUGAUUUUCCUUUCACUAUACCUCACUGGCAAAGUUCCAUUCAAGGAAGUCUACUGCCACUCGCUCAUUCGCGACUCAGAGGGUAGGAAGAUGUCCAAGUCACUGGGUAACGUCGUCGACCCUGUCGAUAUUAUGGACGGUAUCACCCUUCAGAAGCUCCACGACCAGCUUCGUGCCGGCAACCUAGACCCCAAGGAGUUGACCAAAGCGGAGAAGUAUCAGAAGACGGCGUUCCCUCAGGGUAUUCCCGAGUGUGGUGCAGAUGCUUUGCGCAUGGCCCUUGUUGGCUACACCACAGGAGGAGGGGAUAUCUCAUUCGACGUCAACGUCAUUCACGGCUACCGAAGGUUCUGUAACAAGAUUUACCAAGCCACCAAGUACGUUAUUGGGCGUUUGGGAGACUCAUUCACACCUCGGGAAAAGAUCGCAAAGACAGGCGUAGAGUCAUUACCCGAGCGCUAUAUCCUUCACCAGCUUAAUACCGCUGCAAAGAAGAUCAACGACCACCUGGAGGCGCGCGAGUUCAGUCUUGCCACCCAGGUCGCCUACAAGUACUUCUACGUCUACCUCUGCGACACAUACAUCGAGAACAGCAAGGCGAUCUUCGAUGAAGGCAGCGAAGAGCAGAAGGAAAGUGCGAAGCAGACACUUUACACGGCCAUCGAGGGUGGUCUGACCAUGAUUCACCCGUUCAUGCCCUUCCUCACAGAAGAGCUCUGGCAGCGACUUCCCCGAAGGCAAGGUGACAAGACGCCUUCCAUCACUAUUGCAACAUUCCCUCAGUACUCGCAAGAGUUUGAUGACGAGACGGCAAACGCCGAAUACGAGCUUCUCGUCGACAGCGCAAAGGGUCUCCGUUCCCUCACUGCCGAAUACGCAAUCAAAGAGGGCGCAUCCACAUACAUCCAGUCUCUCAACGACGCCGCACACACCACCCUCUCCUCACCCACAUCACUCCCAUCCAUCCGCUCUCUUGCUGGUAAGACCGUCGCCGAUAUCACGAUCCUUUCACCCUCGGAAUCCGCACCAUCAGGCUGUGCCGUGUACACCAUCGGCACCUCGGCGACGGCAUACCUCGAUGUCAAGGGCCGUAUUGAGCUCGACAAGGAGAUUACAAAAGCCCAGGAUAGACUCACAAAGGCGAACGAGACGAUUACUCGCCAGAAGAAGAUCAUGGACGAUGAGUGGGAGCAGAAGGUUAGUGAUGCUGUCAAGGAGCAGGAGAAGGAGAAGCUCAAGGCUGCUGAGCUAGAGGCCAAGAACUGGGAGGCUAGUAUUCAGCAGUUUGAGAAGAUGAAGAUUGAGUAA